CUAACACAGGCGGAAUCACCGACAUAAGCAACAUCAACAAAGAAGUAAAACACUAUAUACAACUGACUUCUUUCAAAAUGGUGCAUAAAACAACAAAGUGUGGAGUUCACUCAGGGAAUACCCUGCGUGCGUCACACAGCAAAUAUACCAAGACGUAUAGAAAACAGUCCUGUCUUGUAAGAAAAGUUAAGAAUUCCACUAAUCUUCGCCUUCUACAGGACUUUGGCAUUGCCACUGACGACGUGGCCUACUCCCUCAGUAAAAAAGGUCGCUGGGUCCUGCCUACAGUCCUCAAGGAACACAUACUCCUCGGGGGAUUCAGCGAGGAAGGGCCUAAAGUUCAACUCACCGAAAAACACAAACUAAGAAAAACAGCCAACUGCCUGGGAUUUUAUGCUUCUAAAGGACCAACCAGAAAAGCUGUACCAUCUAAAAAGCGGUAUUUCAAUGUUUCAAGUGUGAAGAAAGAACCCCAGUUGCCUAGUAAGGAAAAAGAGAAAGUAACAGAAGAUAAAGCAGUCAAUGAAUGUUUGGAACCCGAAAUAAAUGUUGAAAUUUUCCUACCAACUCCGAUCACAAGCUCUCUCACUCACAACCAAAAAUACAUCAGACCGCUUCACGAUACCGAUGUACAACUCAGUACAAAGAAACAGAAAGGAAAACGGAGACAUUGUAUGCAGUUAAAGUUUGACGUGGUAGAUAGCUACGAAGAUGAUAUUUGGGAAGAGGACGAGGAGAUUGAUGGUUACGAUGAUGACCUCUUUCAAGCCGAGUAUCAGCGACCCCAGAGUUUCUUUACAGCUGCUGAUGUUCUCAAAUCAGCACAAAAAACCAAACAGAUCUUUGAGAAGUCGACCAAAAAAAUGAACCAUAAACACAGCGAGGAUGUGAGAAACAAAAAAGGCAAACUUGUGUAUGUCGACGAACCUAAUCCCACAUCAGAACCGACGUGUAAUAAAACAAUCGGAAUAGAUUUUUUAUAUUCUAGACAACCGCAACAAAUAAUGGUUCCCAAGAAAGUGGUUUUGCCAAACGCAGAGACAAGACCCGAAUUCUUGAAAUUCAGAUCUGGUAAAAUGUAUAUGGAAUGUAAGACAUUUCCUCGUUCUUUCAUCAUAAACAUAACAGAUGAGGUAAAAUCUAUGAUGAAACAGCACAUCCGAAUGAUGUACAAGGCAUUCUUGAUGGACAUAACUACAAUCCUGAUUUUCACUCAUGAUGUUUACAAAGCUUCCUUGGACGGAGAAGAGAUAUUCGAUGUAUACAUGAAUGUUAAUAUUGACUCAGAAACUAUAGAGUUAGAAACCCUUUUUGAUUACUAUGCUGGGUCAUUGGAAUCUGUAAUUAGCCAGGCUGUAUCUCAAAUCAAGUUUUAUACGCAAGAACAAUUUGCAAGGCCUAAAGUCUACCUAAAAGGAGAAAGUGAGACGGCAUAUAAUGCUUUAAAUUCGUGUUUGCUCCAAGGAGCGUCCACUUUAACUGAAGAAGAUGCUUUUACUGAAGCUGUAUUGAGUACCAUAGAAAGAUAUGAAGUAAACAAACACUUGGAUGUGGGAUGUAAGUCUUUUCCACCAGAAACAUGUUACAUCUGCUUUGAGGCAAUGAACGAGAACAGACCAGGAAUCGCGAUGGAGCGCUGCGGCCAUUGGUUUUGUAGAAGUUGCUGGAGAGAACAUCUAAAGCAACAAAAUUUUUCCAAGCUUCUGUGCCCUGAAUUUGAUUGUGAGAAAGAAGUGGACUUCACACUUAUUUUACAAGUUUUGAACAUUACCGAUGUCCGGAAAUACUUGAUUCGGCAGAAGGAAAAUUUAGCACGGAGUCAGUGCAAAUACUGUCCAAACGAAAAAUGUGGUCGUGUCAUCUCAGCAUCUUUAACUAAUAUUAAUCACACCAAUACCACAUGCGAAUGUGGAACCGAAUUUUGUUCCAAUUGCUUCAAGUUUCCUCAUUGGCCUGCUACAUGUGAAACAUCCCAAGAAUAUUGGAAUUUUUUGAGGGGAAAGGGAAUUGAUAUAGAAUUCAGUAUUGAUGAUAUUUCAUCCACCGAGCUCCAGGUGCGGGGAAAAAAUUGUCCGAAUUGCAAUCAAUUUAUUGAGAAACAGGGUGGGUGUUUCUCGGUGGUAUGUGUUUGUGGCAUUUGCUUCUGUUGGGGAUGUCGUGGAAUUUUUAGAGUAAAUCAUCAAGUUAGUGAUCUCUGUCAUCGUGAGAAACAUGGAGACCUUCAUCGUACAACUAAAAAAUACAUUGCUGCAGAUCUACUCCUUCCAAUGAAAAUGAAAAAGGAACCGAAACUCAUUCAAGUUGCUGUAAAUCAACGUGUAGGAAGAGCACACUCGAGAACAUUACUUAUGAAAAGUAAAACUCAUUCUGUGCGUCUCAAAAUUCGAACUCUUGGACUGAAAUCGUCAUUAAAAAUUGCAGGCUUAUUGGCAGGAUACAAGUCAAAAGAGAACAGCCUUUUGUCCAAAGUCCAUGGUUUUCUACAAGAUAUGAUUAAGCUCUACCUUGAGAUUCGCCAUCUUGCCGAAUAUACUGCCGUCUCAGCAGUUCACGAGAACGGUCGGUCACAGAAACUCUCUAACUCCUUUAUUGAGCACAUGGAUGAUUUAGCGUCACAAAUUUACACCGAAUUUCAGAGUGAUGUCAAUGAUUAUGUUCCUAGUCUGAUACACCGAAUGCUAAUCAUCAGGGAGCACUGUUUACAUACCGUGUCAGAACUAGUCAAAUUUAUAAAAGAUAAGAAUCUUGAUUAG